AUUCUUCCAAUCUUUUCUCCUUGACACAUCCUUAAGGUGAACAGUCUCUCUCUCUCUCUUAAAGCUAAUUGAUUUGUUGAUUUCUUCUCUCUCUAUUUCACCUAACCUUAUCACAUCUCCUGAAACUCGUCCACGAUCCCCAGGCCAUGAGUUCCGAGGAAGCGAAAGUCGUCGUGCCGAGGAACUUUAGAUUGUUGGAGGAGCUGGAGAGAGGUGAGAAAGGGAUCGGAGAUGGAACGGUGAGCUAUGGAAUGGAUGAUGCUGAUGAUAUCUAUAUGCAGUCCUGGACUGGCACCAUCCUCGGCCCUCACAAUGUAUUAUUGCUUCUUCUCCUUUCUCUCUCGCCUUUGUUUGUGUUUGAUUGUUUUGAGAUUCAAAGUUGAAGGCUUUUUUUCUCUUUUUCUGUGUUUGGUUGAUUAAAGAUGCAAUUUUUAACACUCUUUUGGGAGAGGAUUGGUAGGUAGAGUGAGGUUCAUGUUGAUCAGAUGCUUAGUUUGAGUCUUCUUCUAGUUUUUGUCAUUAUGUUUUGGGUAAUAUCUCUGUGCCCUAAAGUAAUUAGCUUUUACUAAGUUUUUGUUAACUCAUCUGAGAUGGUUUUACUCCAAAUGCUCUUUAGCUACAUUUUAUCACCAUUAUUGAUUAGCGUGGACAAAAGUAAGGAAAGACAUUGUUUUUUUUUUGUUUCUGCUUUUGGGUUUUGGGGAUGUUGAUCCUAAUUUGGGUGCUUAAGAGUCUUCUUUCACCUUUUGUCGUUAUGUUUUGGGUAAUAUCUCUGUGACCUAACGUAAGUAGUUGCUUGUGGGGCUAUUAGUGGAAAUGAUCCCUUACUUUUAGCUAUGUCGCUUUACUACAAAUGGUCUUUGGUACAUUUCUUGUCCACUAUUGAUUUGGAGUGAUUAUAACAAGAAAGAAAAUUGCUUGCUUUUGGUUUUUGGCUUUUGAGAAGAUUGAUGGUGUUUUUGUUUGGUGAUGAACGAAUAUCAGACUGCAUACGAAGGGAAAAUCUUCCAGCUGAAGCUCUUCUGUGGCAAGGAAUACCCAGAAAGUCCUCCAACUGUGAGGUUCCAGACCCGGAUUAACAUGGCUUGUGUUAACCCUGAAACUGGAGUGGUUGAACCGAGUCUCUUCCCUAUGCUCGCUAACUGGCGGAGAGAAUACACAAUGGAGGACAUUCUGAUUAAGCUGAAAAAAGAAAUGAUGACUUCCCAUAACCGCAAGUUAGCUCAACCCCCGGAAGGUACCUUCUGUAACAGUGUUUUUGUUUAUGAUAAGUUUUUGGACCAGCAGGCUUCUAAUCAAAGUCUUGUUUUUUCAGGUACCGAGGAAGCUAGAGCUGAUCCAAAGGGACCUGCUAAAUGUUGUGUGAUGUGA